AUGGGCCAAGAAGUUGGACAGGACCAGAGACAAACGCGACUUCUGAAAAACCUGAUAAUUAAUGACAAUAUUCAUUCCCAAAUAUGUAAUGAGAUUUUACAGAAUCCAGAUAGUUAUAUCAGGAGGAAAAGAGCAAUAACUCCUGUCGAGUACUACUCAAAGAAGGAACCGCGAUCUCCGGACAGAAAGCGAGCUAUCACUCAACGCUGGACAUUGCCAGAUAGCCUGGAAGCUGCCAAUGCCUUGAAUCCAUGUGUGCAGUUUUCUGAGAACCCACGCGCUGACGGCAUGUACCAUAAACAUUUGGUGAAGAUACGAUACGAACCCAAGAAGCUGCUGAACUUUGACAAUCUGAUAAAUCAUAGCCUGACAAAUUCUCAACAAGACAGCGAUGAUUUCGAAAUCUACGAAACUGAAAACUUAUUGAAUAUGCUAGACAAUGACUGCUCACUUCCUUAUCGUGGAGCCAUCGCUGAUAGACGAGACUACUCAACUUUGCGCACUACACCUAAUAUCAAAGAUCGCGAGUUUUUCAAAAAACUACUCCGCGAUGCAACAGCAGCACGCUUCUGUAAUUCUAAUGUUUCGCUGGCUUUCAAUGAAGGUGAAGAUCAGGAGCUCACGAAAAGAAGAAAGACCAAAGUCAUGCAAGAAACAAGCAAAAUCGACUUUAUAUAUUUUCGCGAACAUGAGAUUAAAACGUGGUACACUGCCCCUUACCCCAAGGAAUAUAAUAGGAAUCGAUUGCUCUAUGUCUGUGAAUACUGUUUGAAAUAUAUGAAUUCAAGAUACGUGUAUUCACGACAUAACUUGAAGUGUUCCAUGUACCAUCCUCCAGGAAAUGAGAUAUAUCGGAACGGGAAUUUGUCUAUGUGGGAAGUAGAUGGAAGGGAGAACGUCAUAUAUUGUCAAAAUUUAUGUCUACUCGCAAAACUUUUUUUGAAUUCCAAGACACUUUACUAUGAUGUCGAACCCUUCAUCUUUUAUGUGCUCACAGAACGUGAAGAUUCAAGUGAUGGUACAAAGUUUCAUUUUGUCGGGUACUUUUCAAAAGAAAAACUUACUUCGACGGAUUAUAAUUUGAGCUGCAUUCUUACCCUUCCAAUAUACCAGAGGAAGGGAUAUGGUCAUUUGUUGGUCGAUUUUUCUUACUUAUUGUCUCGUCGUGAAUUCAAAUGGGGCACCCCAGAAAAACCUCUAUCAGAUUUAGGUCUUUUAUCCUAUAGAAAUUUUUGGAAGAUUAAGAUAUGCGAGGUUCUGAUAUCGCUUAAAGAUGAAAUAAAUGAAGUGCAUGCUGCUCGAAAAAUAUUCCAUUGUAGUAUAGAAGACAUUUGCAAUCUCACGGGCAUGAUACCAACAGAUGUCAUUUUUGGAUUAGAGCAACUUCAAGCCUUAUAUCAUUAUGAAAAGGAAGGAGAAAAAAGGUAUGCGAUCAUGAUUAAGGGAUGGGACCGCAUUGAGAAUGUUUACAACAGAUGGAAAAGUAAAGGAUGUGCAUACCUUUGUCCCGAAAAACUGGUGUGGAAACCUAUGAUAUUUGGCCCAUCAGGAGGUAUAAAUGCGAUAGGUACUAUGAUCGAAACGACAACGGGAACUAGCAAACGGUCUGCAAAAGACAGUCGGCCUCAAGAUAGCUUUAAGAAUAAUAUAUCACUUCUGGUCAAUUUCAUGCAAGAUGAUAUUGUUGACUCUAGAACGAUGGAGGAGGCGGCCUUUGAGAAGAUUCGUAAACAGCAGAAUGAUUAUGUUGACCGGAUUAACCACUCCGAGCUCAAGCUAGCAUAUGAUAUUUCGGAAAUUCGUGGUCCAACGCCUUGUAGCCCGGUCAAAGUAAAUGGAAAUGGGCAAAAUCAGAAAGAUCCCACAAAUGGAUUCAAUUCGCAAUCACAUAUAACUACUAUUCCGAUUGAGGACGCCGUUGCGAUUGGACAAGAUCGUGCAAUCCAUAGUAGUACAGACGAUAGCGACGAGGAUGAUUUUGUCGACGCAAAUAUGAUGGAGGAGAAUGAAGACGUUGAAGAUGUCGAAGUUGAAUACUCUGAUGUGCAGUCAGAAACCUCUUCGGACGAGUCACAAGAAAAUGAAGCCGAUCUUAAACCAUCUAUCGAAAACUCUGGUCCAAUCAGAAUACUUCGAAACGACAGGAAAUUAAAACCAAACCCUAACCCAGAAGAUGAACCUAGGCCAUCUCGCAGGCUUCGCAGCAGAACUGGAUCAGCGAUAUGUAACAAUAAAAAACAAACUUACUAUUAG